AUGGGUUGGAAAAUUAUUAUAUACGCGUUUGCACUGAUUGCUUGUGCAUCAGCACAGAAUGAAUUUCGUGUCUGCGUGCCACCGUCGUUCGCCUCUCAAUGUCAGGGCCUUCAAAGUCUUGGCAGUCCGAUUAUUUGUGACACAGUGGAAUCUAGAUUAGACUGCAUCAUGAGACUGAAUAGAGGUGAUUCAGACUUCGGAGUGUUUUCUGAAGAGGAAAUGGUAUUGAUGGCUCACAACCAACCUAAUGACAACCGGGUAGUGGCUUCCAUUAAAGAUAUACUUAGCAACGGCUCCUACGCCUUCGAAGCGGUGGCUGUAGUCCCAGCGAGUCACACUGGUGGCUUAGAAGGACUUCGUGGCAUGAAGUACUGUCACCCUGGCCUGGAUGAAACCGAGGCUCGCUGGUCUCCACGAGUGCUCAAGACUUUGGAACGAGCUGCUGCUAGAACUGAUCGCUGCCCUGAUAUUGAUACAAAUGGAAAAACAGCUGAAGAGAUUGAGGUGCAAACUUUAAAUUCCUUCUUCAGUGCUGCUUGCAGGCCUGGACCUUGGAGCGCUAACUCCACAGUUGAUGCUGACCUCAAAUCCCGUUUCCCCAACCUGUGCUCUCUGUGCGGUUCCAACGGAGACUGCUCCAAAUACUCCAUCGACAUGGGCCCUAAUAUCGCCAAUGUUGACAACAACAACAGACACAUCCAGGCCUUGGAGUGUAUGAGGUCCAAUGAGAACAACACAUUCGCUUACGUGCGUAAUCCAAGGAUUCGUGGCUCGUACGCCCUUCUUUGCGAGGAUGGCUCCCUACGUCCUUUGACGAUUGAAGCUACUAAUUCCAAUAUAUCACCAUGCUCAUUCGUCAGACAGCCCUGGAGCGCUAUCGUGGCUACCACUACCAGAGCAAAUGAUGUGAGUGCUGCUGUCAAGACCUGGUGGCCCACAGGAACCAACCCUGGUGGAAACUCCUGGCAGUCAUCACUGUACAAUAAUUUAAUAGGAGGCGCUUUAAGCAUAGUCUCUUUUGAAGACAGUCUUCCCGGACCUGGAAACUAUAGCCAAAGUCGUAACUUCACCACGAUCGAUGCUUCCUCAUCCUGUAUCCCAGCUCGCCGUUGGUGCACCAUUUCCAGUGAAGAACACAAUAAGUGCUCCUGGGUCCGUGCCUCCGCCUUCACCCUGGGCAUAGAACCCACUAUCUCCUGUCAAAUGAGAGCCAACAUUUUUGAAUGUCUCUCCGAUAUUAAAGACAACGCCGCUGACUUUAUCGCCGUUCCAUCCAACUAUGGUUAUUUGUCAAGGCAACAUUACAAGUUGUCACCUGUGAAACUCGUCCAAAACCUUCGUGGCAACCCUAACUCCUUUUCGCGGGUUGCUGCGUUCGUCAAAGAGUCCGCUACUCAAGGGAACAUCACGAGAUUUGAAAAUCUUCGAGGGAAGAAGGCUUGCUUCCCGGAGUUCGGUGGAAUAUCGUACGUGGCGUUCCUACGUACUGCACAUGAACGCUCCAUCAUUAGUAGUUCAGAAUGUGACUACGCACGCGCAGUGGGUGAAUUCUUUGACGGUGCCUGCGCCCCUGGAGCUAUGGCUGCUUCCCAUGAAAUAACUCAAAGUUCAUACAAUGCGUCAAAUUUAUGCUCGGUCUGCAAGCCAGCGGUCAAUGUCAACGAUUCUAAUUUCACCUGCGCGUUUGACUACACUAAUAUGUACUAUGGCAACAAUGGUAGCAUCAACUGCCUCGCUGAUCCUACAACCGAUGUUGCUUUCGUCGAACUGGAUGGUAUUGAAGCUCAUCUUAACGCUGCUAAACUUCAAGCUUCUGAUCUGAGAGCGCUGUGCAGAGACAACACUCUCGCUCCAAGCGCCGGAGUCCAGGUUCCUGAUAGCUGUCUUCUAGCGAGCGUUGUGGAUUCAGAGGUUCUUGCACGAAGAAACGAUCCUCUCACCAAUAGCCUGAACGUUCUGCUAGACAAUUUAGACUCCUACUUCGGCUACAACGCCGCGAACGCCAAACAACUAAUCAACCUGGAAAUUUAUUCGCCAUUCGACAAAGUCAGUGACCUAUUAUUCAAGAACACAGCCAUAGGUCUCACAGAGCCUUCAGACAACGCAAUAAACGCUGAAGCGAGGAAUUACAAUGAACUUUUCCGUCACCUGGAAUCUUGUACUGGUUCUUCUCCACCACUUCCAGGUUUAGCAACCAAAAACUUCUUCUCACUUCUAACUCUGUUAGGUACGCUUUUCAAAGCCAGACCUGCAGACCUGGACAUCUGCAACGUUUGCAGUCUGACAAUAUUAAUUCCUCUUGAUUUUUUUGCUAAAAAUGUUCCCAUAUGUCAUCAUUAUUGUUUGUCGAUCCACCCUAUUCUUCCUCGACCCAAAACCAGCAUCAACACGUCUUCAUUAGAACUUGGACCUGGUGAUAUUCGAGUACCGAUUGAACGACUUCUUGGACCUAAAAAAAUGAUUUAG